GGGAAUAAAAAAAAACACAAAAAAAACCUUUAAGAUUUCUUGUCAAAAUGACAUAUAUAUGAUAUCUGUACAGUGUUUGGUUCUUGUGCAAUAAAUAAUUAGAAGUGUUCCCAGACUUUAUGUACACCCUGUAUAUGCAGACUGAAGUGACGAAUGAAAAUUUAUACUAUGCCUGGGAUUCAAACAUGGGUCACCUGCUCGCUGGGCAGAUACACUCUAACCACUUUUCUACCCUGGCCGAGUAGCUUUGCACGAUUGCACAGGAUUGCACAGACUAGCCCAGACUUGAUCUUAAUUCCCAUUUAUGCCUCGGCCAGCUUCGUAUUCCCGCGAAACUCGAACAGCAUUGCAGAGGCUCUCCAGCUAUAUUGGAAAAGCACAUCAGCAUUGAACAAAACAGAGGAUCCUGCCUGAAAUCCAGUUCUAGGUACUUUGAUCAAAUAAAACAAUAUGGUUCCUGAGGCUUUACCAUGUGUUAAACAUUUAUGAUAUAUAUGCAGACCAAAGUGACGUCCCUUCAGUCUGCAUAUGUACAUCACAGGUAUUUGACACUUGGUACUGUCUGUGGAACCAUGUGGUUUUAUUUGAGUAUGUACUGACUCCAUACAGGAAUUUUUAAUUAUUGCUGGUAUUGGUUAGGUGGUAAAACACUGGACUUUUGUUGGGAGAACCACAAUAAACUAUUGUUCAGCCAUCAGGAUCUAGGUUUCCCAUGACUUUGACAAAUCGUCUUAGCCAGUUAUCAGGAUUUCUUUGUAAAGUACACAAGUGAUUCACUAAGUAAAUAUGAGCUUGUGCUCCCUCUCUGUGAGCUCCAUUUCUUUUUGAUCACGGCAGCCAACCUGUUAAACAAAAACACUAUUGAAUUACCAGUAACAAAAUUUGUCAAAUGUUCAUGAAUAUAGAAAUAUAUGAAAUAAUUGUAUGAUAAGCAUUCUAAGGGGAAAAAAAAACCAUAACCUUGGUUCAAUUAGAAGAGGGAUAAGUAUUGUGAGAAACAAUGUUAAUUCACGAAAAUCUUAAUCUUCUCCCACUCAGAGUCAUGUAAAGGUUUUGCUGUUACUGCAGCAGUUCAAUGAUCUUAUCUCAUUGGGAGUUUUUAAAAGGAAAAAAAAGUACCACUGUGUACCCAGAAAAGAAUGUAGGUGAAUCAGUCUAAUGUUACAGGAAGAUGUUCAAACAGUAAGGAUGUAGUCUGUUUUGCUUUUAGUAUCAUUACAAAGUACAUAUUUUCAUCAUAAUCAUAUAAUGCAUGUUGUGCACUAACUUUUGUUUCAUUUCAACAUAGCGUCACAUAAGUGGACUACUAGAGAGAUUGCAAGUGGGCCAGAUCAAAUUCAUCAUCGUCUUAGUUAUUAUACGGUUAAGAUAAAGUGGCAUUAUGAUACUCUUAACUGUGUACUCAUUGACUGUUCAAACACUUUGCUGCCAUUAUUGUUCAAAAAUGUCACAGAAACUGAUUACGGUGUGUGAUGUAAUGAAAAUAAUGAAUUUUUAGUCGAUCCCUUCGUCAUUUUAUGGAAAUUGUGGCUCUUUGAAACAAAAUAACUGAUCUGUUGGUAAGUAUACAUUAUAGGUCAAACCAUGUUUGUGGAAGACAUAAUGUGCAAAUGUAAGCCACAGAAAUGAAAUGUUUGUAUGUUUUCUUCCCCCCACCCCACCCCACCCUUUUCCCCCUCAAACUUGCUCUUCCUCCUUUUGCCGUCUUUUUCUCUACAUUUUUUAUCACAUUUGAAAACAUAUUUAACUAUAAGAAGUGUUAUAAGUUGUUAACUUUUUGUGUGUUUACAUAUUUCUAUUAGCUUUAUAUCUCACAUUGUCUUGCAGUGGAUUUCUAUUUAAACCUGUUGGCUUGGUUAUUGUUUCCCCAGAACAAUAAUGGGUUUGAAUGUCACAUUCUGCAAAUUAGUUGCUAUGUGCAAUGAAAAGGGCACUAAAAGUCUACAAAAGAAGGCCACAGUGUACAUCAGAAUGUAUGUAUUUGUUACUUAAGACCAAUGUAAGGAAAGAUCUACAUGAAAAUGUAUUGCCCUGUUUAACAAUUUCUCUGUUGUUGAGAUUCCUUCUGAGAAUUUUGCUAAUUAUUUUUUAAAAAAAAAUACUUUGAGUCUACAUGUAAGUUUGUGUUAAUUACUUCAAAUUGCAAAAUGUAGUUUUAGCAGUAAUUCCAUUUACGGGGAAAUUAUUUUGGUAAGUAUUGAGGGCUAACCUUUUAUCCACAGCUAGUUUCCAAUAGAUUCCACAGAGUACAGUGAAUAUUCUGAAUGAACAUGAAAGUUCCUUUUUGGAAAAUGGAAAUCAGUUUGUGUAUAGUGCAAAACCAGGUAACAAAGGUGCGGUGCGUGUGAUGGUUUGUGUGAAAGGUAUGUAGAACUAGGUAUGUUGUGAAACUUAAACAUAAGCUGUUGACAUUUAAGAGAAACAUUGACUUGUGAAGUUUUGACUGUUUCCCAGUCAGAAACUGAUGCAUCGCUGUGAAGUUUUGACUUUCUCAAUCAGAAGCGGAUUUAUGGGAGUGAAUUUUCAACUUUUCCCACAUCAGAUGCUGAUUUAUUGAUGGAUGUGAUGCAGUACUUCACUGGCAUACUUUUGGAGGUGCUUCAAGAAAAGUUGUCUGUGUGUUCAACAAUGAAGAAAGAAGAAAUUCAGUGGAAGUGUGCAGCAGUUAUAACAAAACUUAAGACUUGGACUAUCCAGCCAAUGAUACUGGACCAGAAUUAUAUAGCUCUCAAAACUCAGGUCAUUAAGGCAGAAAGGAGAGUGUUAAAAGAGCUUGGUUUCUGUGUUCAUGUAAAACAUCCUCACAAGUUAAUAGUAAUGUACCUGCAAGUUCUGUGCUUCGAGAAACACCAAACUCUCAUGCAGUUGGCAUGGAAUUACAUGAACGAUUCUUUGCGGACUGAUGUCUUUGUACGGUAUCAGCCAGAGACAGUUGCUUGUGCUUGCAUUUACCUAACAUCCCGUCGACUAGGUAUUCCACUUCCAAAAUCCCCAGCCUGGUACAGCCUGUUCCGUGUUGAAGAAAAAGACAUUCAAGAUGUGUGUAUGCGCAUUUUACGCCUCUAUGCCCGCAAGAAGCCAAAUUCUGAAGAGUUGGAGAGGCGUGUGGAGGAGCUUAGGAAACAGUACCAAGAAGCGCGAUUAAAAGCUCGAGGUACAAAUAGUACAGGUACUGGAGGUGGUGCAGGGAGCAAUAGCCCUGGCUCACCUUCACGAGCUCGACAUACUUCUCCACGAUGGGGUGGCUUUAUCAGCCGAAAUAAUCACAACUCUGAAAAACACAGGAGUCGAAGUAGAACAAGAUCUCCAAGCCAUAGCCCACCACCUUCAAAGCACAGCAAAAAGUCCAAAAAAACAAGCCGCAGUAAUCACAGUUCAGACAAACACAGGAGCAGAAGCCGUACGAGAUCUCCCAGUCAUUCACCACCACCAGUGAAACAUAAAAAGUCAAAAGCCAGCAGGACACGAUCUCUAUCCCGAUCAAGAUCUCGGUCUCGGUCGCGUUCCCAUGAGAGGAAGAAUCGUAAGUGGACAAAAAGUCGGCGCAGCUACUCUCGUUCUCCAAGUCUUUCACCACACAAGUCACGAAAAGCAACCAGGGAGAAGACGAGGCAUCGUUCACGUUCUCGAAGCCAUGAAAGUCGUCGUGGUGAAAAUUAUGACAGGUAUUAUUCUAGUGGAAAAUCACGCAGUAGACAUUCAUCGCGUGGUGUUGAAGAUCGGCCAAAGGAGCGUCGAUAGCAAAGACAAUGUGCACAGUUGUCUGAUACUUGACUGCCUAUUUCUGGACACUAUGAAGUGCGACGUGAUACUUUUUUUAAUAUUUUGUGUGAAAAUUGUAAAUUUCUUGUACAUUAAAAUUUAUAUUUAUAGUAA